GGUAGAAUUAAUAACAGGGGCGACAUCAGACGCAAUAAGAAGGAUAUUUUCUAAUAAACUGCUAAAUGGUGUAAAUAUACUGCUUUUGUACGUUCUCUGAGCAGAGGUAAUAUACGUUCUCUGCUCUGACAUUGAUUUAUAAAUGUCAAAUCUAUUACUCAGUUAUUGGUGGAUAUUUGUGCAUAUUUCUAUGGGCAGAUUACUUGAUGACUUUUUGAGAAAUAUUUAAGAAUUUUCCGUAUUUGAUUUUGUACUUUUUAGACGGGAAAGUGUUUUGGUGUUGUGGUUAGUUGAUCAAAGACAUUUUUCAAAUAAUUUAGAUUAUUUAGUUGGUGUGUUGAUGUGUUUAAAAAGAUAAAAUAGCUUAAAUCCCAACAGAAGUGAAUAUCUGAACCAGAAAGUUAAUUUAUAAUUUGAAAAAUUCUACCUGACGAAAUGGAACAAACACAAAUUACCGAUGCCGAGAAAGUGCGAAUUGUUUCCGAUUUUAUUAUGCAUGCGCCACCUGGUGAAUUCAAUGAAGUCUUCACCGACGUACGUCAAUUGCUCAACAAUGAUACGUUGCUAAAAGAAGGGGCUAGCCAUGCAUUUGCACUAUACAACAAAGAGCAAUUAACUCCGGUGCAUAUUGAGGGUAGCGAAUAUAAUGCACUUAUAUCCGAACAUAAUGAUAUAGGUAAUGGUCGUUUUUAUGAUCCUCGAACAAAACAAUCUUUUAAGUUUGAUCAUCUACGUAAAGAAGCUAGUGAUUACCAGGAUAUGGAACCAGAUGUUACAGCUGAACCGUGGCGUGCAGCACUUGAUUUAGAAACGAUUAACUACACCAAUAGUCAUUAUCGUAAUGGUGUAUCGUCAGUAUUUGGAAAGACACAGGGUGGGCAAAUAACUUUAACAGUUUGUAUUGAAGAUCAUCAAUUUCAACCAAAAAACUAUUGGAAUGGUCGAUGGCGAUCCCAGUGGAGUUUUGCAUUGCAACCUGGCAGUGGAAGUGCAGAACUUAAAGGAAUGCUUAAAUUACAGGUUCAUUACUAUGAAGACGGCAAUGUGCAACUUGUUUCAACCAAGGAGUUCAGGGAGUCAGUGGUUGUGUCUAAUGAGCAGCAAGUGGCAAAGGAAGUUAUACGUUUGAUUGAGGAAGCUGAAAAUGAGUAUCAAUUAGCAAUUUCAGAAAACUACCAAACAAUGUCUGAUACUACCUUCAAAGCGAUGCGUCGUCUUUUACCAAUCACUAGAACUAAAAUUGAUUGGGGAAAAAUAGUAACUUAUAGUAUUGGUAAAGAAUUAAAAACGCAAUAAGGUUCGCUAGAUAUUAAGACUUUAUUGAAGGCGGAGAAAACUUUGAGAGGAAAACCGACAUAACUAAAUUAUUAAAUUUCGGAUCGCCCAUUCAGUCUUCUCAUAGCUUUCAUAAAAUAUUUAUAUCCAUAAAAUUACAAAGUGAACGGUUUUAAAAAUUGUAUAUUUAAAUCACUGAGUUUAAAAUUUACAAAAACUCCCCAAAUGAGUUAUCUUAUUAAUCACAUCUAUUUGGAUAAUUUAACAGAAAAAAAUCCUUUCAUAAUUGAAAUGUGGAAUUCGGCAAUGAAAAUGUUAUUAAAACAAACACUUGCUUUAUAUAAUUCUAAAGAGUUUAUAUAAAUAAAUAUACAUAUAUCUACAAUGGUGGCUAUUAUUACGAAUGUAACAUUAGAGAGCUGUAUUUCAGAGUAAUUCACACACCAUUGUCGACUUUGUCGUUGAAUGCGGAAAAUGAAUGAAGUAAUGUAUUAUAAGGUACUAAUUUAGUUGAAACAAGUUCAGGACUUUUCGACUACAUACAAAUUCAAUAACCUUGACGGUAUACAUACACAUACAUAUAAUAUAUGCAUGCAUAAAUAUAUAAAAGUUGGUCGCUCUCUUAUUUCUUGCAAUGUUUUAGUGAAAAACUUGCCCAAUAAAAUAUUACACUGAAAAUCAGAAAAGGCUGCAUAUGUUUUAUAUGAAGCUAAUUUUAAAA